AUGCCGCCUCUAUCAUUACGGACAACUCUACCACGCCACCUGGUCCACCGCGCAAACUUCCACACCACAAGACCCACACGCUCAAAACUCGACGUCGAAGCUCUACUCGCAGCACCAACCUGGUCACUAGACACUUUACUCCCUUCCUCCUCUUCUACUUCGCAAACACCGACAAUCACCUCUGCUCAACUACACCACCUCCUCCGCCUCUCCGCCCUCCCACCUCCAAAAGACUCUUCCGAAGAACAAAAAAUGCUUUCCUCAUUACACUCCCACCUGCACUUUGUCGCCGAGAUCCGCAAAGUCGAUGCUACAAAUAUUACUCCGUUACAAAGUCUUCGAGACGAGACUAGUGCAGGGAGGAAGGAGCAAGAGAUAGGCUUGGAAGAGUUGGAAGAGGCGUUCAAGAAUGAGGAUGUCAAGGGAAAGUACUAUAAGAGGAUUAGGAGGAGGCAAGAAGAGGCGGAAGAGGGAGAGAGUGCAAGGACUUGGGAUGUCACGGCUGCUGCGAAGAAGAAGGUGGGGAGGUAUUUUGUUGUUGACGGUGGAAAGGAAGGGUAA